AUGACGGAGUCUACAGAAGGCUGGGUGCGGGGCACCGAGUACUCAGGCGAACUGCUCACUUACGAGCUCUUCUGGCGCGAUCUUUCACCAUGGCUAGAAGAGCGCGGAUAUGUGUUGCGCCCCCGGUAUCGGAUUGGUUGGACCCCAUCUUGGACAGGAACAGACAAGAUUUACUGGGAUUGUGAAGAUGGAGUCAGGCCUAGGACUUGGCAAACUCUUGACGGGGUCCGUACGUCCGAUGGAGCCGUGGUUACCUUCAAAGUUGUUUCCACGAAGGACCACCCACUCGAAGUUGAGAUCGCCCAGAUGUUCUCGGCUGAACCAUUGGCGUCAGACCCUCAUAAUCACUGCGUUCCUAUAUAUGAGGUUUUGCGACAUCCCAGUAAAGCUGAUACCGUACUUCUGGUCAUGCCACUCCUGCGUGCCUUCAACAAUCCAUUAAUCCAGACGAUAGGAGAAGCAGUGGAAUUCUUUCGACAAGUCUUCCAAGGACUGUGCUUUAUGCAUGAACAUCACGUCGCCCAUCGAGACUGCAUGGAUCUGAAUAUCAUGAUGGAUCCUAAACCACUAUUCCCCAAACUGUAUCACCCACAGGAACCGAGGUACAGCUAUGACUUUCGAACUUCAGCGAAGCAUAGCACACGAACAUCUCGGCCCGUGAAGUAUUUCUUCAUCGAUUUUGGUCUAUCUCGCCAAUAUGACCCAAAAGACGGCCGCCCUCGGGAGGAUCCCAUAAGGGGUGGUGACAAGACGGUGCCUGAGUUUCUGAGGUCGAAUGAUCCAUGUGACCCGUUUCCCACAGACGUCUACUACCUUGGCAACAUGAUCCGAGAAGACUUCUUACAGGUCUUUCACGGACUGGAGUUCAUGUACCCCCUCGUUAGCCAGAUGGUCCAUGACGAUCCAAUAAGGCGUCCGACGAUGGCACAAGUGGUCACCACUUUUGAUGUACAGCGUCAAACACUGGGGUACUGGAAACUUCGGUCCCGGUUGGUAAGACGUGACGAAUUCUGGAUCAUGCGCAUUUUUCGUGUUGUCCGCCACGUCUUUCGAACAAUUGGAUAUAUCAUAGCUCGGCGAUCACCAGUACCCACGCCGUAGCGUAAUUGACGACUGUCUUUGGCGUAUACCUGCGUCGGGUUAUUCAUUACAGCGCAGCCUAAUGGACCGGGGGUCAUAUGCUAUGCUUACAAAUUGGCAUUAUUGAUGCUGUACUGUCGUUCCUUCCCAAUAUACAGCUUCGUCGUGGGC